UGGCUUUUCCCACUUUAAUAAUGUUCCCUCACUUUCUCGGGAAAAGAAAUUUCUGAACCCGUAGUUAUUCUCUUCUCUUUCCCAAUUGAUUCCCGGAUUAAUUUUGAGGUAGUUACAGUUUACAAUUAUGGACAUCUCUCUCAUCGUCGAUACGGUAAAUGUGGCCACCACGCAAGGCCUAGGGUUCGCCAAAUUCCUUCUUCGUCGCCACUGCGUCGCUUCCUACAACAACAACCACCUGUCGAUCUCCGCCGUGAUUUUCGCGGUUGACGCUAUAGCUCCCCCGACGGUCAGAUCCAAUUACUCUCGAACCGCUCGUCGGACACUCCUCCGGAAAAAGCGCCGCACGAGGCGGAAAUCCUCCAGCGGCGGCGACUCCAAGGACGGCGAGGACAAGGGUUUUUUCGGCGACGGUGGCGAUGGUCCAUUCGGUGGAGGCGGUGGCAGGGGAUGGAAUUUUGACGGUUUUGGAGGGCAUAAUUGGGAUGGAUCGUCCUCCGAUCCCGCUUUCAACUUCGUUUACGAGGUCAUCUACUGGAUUGUGUUAUCGAAUUGCGUGCACUUCGCUUUCAAGAAGAUCGUUCGGAUUGUGGGGAAUGGGAUUGGAGACGCUGAGAGAGAAAAGGUACCGAUGAGGUUGACAUCGGUCUGCUGAUACGGUAUCGUUUAUAAAUAGGUGAGAGAAUCGGGAGUAAUUCCUGUAUUUGAUUGGGGGGAGGGAUACUGAACUUUCUGUCAAUCUGUGUAUAUAUUGUACAUAAUCUUAUUGUCCCUAUAAUUUGGUCAAUAAUAGCAAAUGGUAUAACUAAAUUUGAGAAAAAAAUCUCCCUUAAUUGAU